AUGUUUGUCCUUGCCCAGGUCGAGUGGCCGCUCCGUGAAGCGGUGCUGCACGGGGCAUGGGUGGUGCAGGUUGCAGGCUCGACCACUCGCUCACGGCUUGUGGUCAUCACGGACUACCAUCUGCUGCUGGUCAAGGCCGGACGGGUUGUCAAGUCGUCGCGCAAGCUCGUUGCCCGCUAUCCGCUGCUCCAGCUCUCGGCGGCGGCAGCAGAUCUUUCGGCCGGCCAGCUCAAGCUGGACUUUGUCAAGCCGGGCGAGCUGGUCCUGGCCGGCGUGCCCGGCGCCAUUACCCAGGCUCUUGUCGCCCGCUACCGCCUGCUCACCUGGGGCUGGCCGGCAGACCUAACGGUGGCCUUUGACGACUUUGCCUGGGCCGCGCCGCCGCUGGAUCCCCCCCCGCUUCCCGCACCCUCGCCCGGUGGCAACAUCCUCACGGCCUACCGCUCCGUCGCCGCCCUCCAGGGCUGGUCGGCUUUCUCGCCCGAUCUUGACCGCUUCCUAGCGCAGAUUGUCGACGGACCGUGGGCGCGCUCGCUUCUUCUCUCGGAAGUCCCCAACGUUUCGUCGUCCAAGAAGGUCUCGCUCAACCCGCUCGCCCUCGCCCUCAAGUUCAACCGCUACUUUGACCGCCUCGAGCUGACCGACGUCUCACGCCCUCGCAUCCUCGGCCUCCUCGCCUUUGCGCUCGCUUCCAACACCACCCUCACCCAGCUGGUCGUCUCCAACUGUGGCGCCCGCACCGGCAUCGACAAGCUCACCGCCGGCCUGCUGGCCAAUCCGGGCCCGGCCUCGCUCGCCCUCCUUGAUCUCUCCUUCAAUCCGCUCAAGGACAAGGGCGUGGCUGCCCUCGCACCGGCGCUGGACACACUGCCGUUCCUCACCACCCUCAACCUCAAGGCCACGUCCAUGACUGGCGACGGCCUCGCCGCCCUCCUCGCCUCGCGCCCACCGGACUCGCCGCUUCACGCCAUCACGGCUCUCGACAUUUCCAGCAACCGCCUCGAGGCCACCGGCUCGUCGGCGCUUGGCGCUUGGCUCGCCGGUCAUCGCGUUGUCCGCCUGCAGAGCCUGGGCCUUGGCAGCACCGACCUGCACCUCGGGCUGCUGCUGCAAGCCAUGGGCAUGCGCGUGGCCACCGUCAUGCCACCGGCCGCUGUCCUCUCCACUCUCACCGCUCUCGACCUCUCGGGCCUCGACAUGGACGGCGACACUAUUGUCCGCGCUGUCACCUUUCUCUCUGCCCUCUCCGCCCUCGCUGACCUCAACCUCUCAUCGAUGCGGGUCGAGCCGGCGUACCUCGCUCGCCUUGUGGCGGCUUUUGGCUCGGCAUCAGCCUCCCACGACGGCAAGUGCAAGCUCGCCCUUGCCGACCUCGAUCUCUCUGCCGGGAACGCGCCGCUUUUCCUGGGCUCGUUUGGCUCGUUUACCUCGCUCCACACACUUGUCCUCGACGACUUGACGGCACCGCCGCCUGUUCUCCUCCUCCUCCUCAAUGCGCUCAAGCCGUUUGCUACCAGCCUGCGGACUCUCUCGCUCGAUCGGGUGUUCAAGACCAAGUCGCGUGAUGUCCCGCAAGUCGUCAUGAACCUUGCGGCGCUCAUGGCGACCGGCGCGUACUCGGAAGUGAGCUUGGUAGGCGCCGGAUCCCGCCGACUCGGCGCUCACGGGGCCAUUCUCCUCGACGCGCUCGCCACCCAGUCGUUUGCAACCCUCCGCGCCCUGGACGUCUCUUACAACCGGAUGGGCAGCGCGCUGGUCGCUCCGCUGGUCUUGCUUCUUGCCGACAACACUACUCUUGUCUCGCUUAGCUUUGACGGCAAUGGGCUCUCCCUCGACGAGUUUACCCUGGUCACGGACGCGCUUGCGUCGGCCUCGGCGCUUGUCGAGGCCGUCAUUCCGGUCCGCGACAUCAAAGUCAUGCGCGCCAAGGUUGGCGUCGAGACCAAGCUCGCCAUUGCCCUCCUUGUCAAGCGCAUCAAGGAGACGCUCGCGCACAACGCUGCUGCCGCCGCUGCCGCCGCCGCCACCGCGGCUGCUGUCGCCACCAGCUCCGACGCGAGCUUGAACGAGUUGAACUCGUCACUGGGCACCAGCCUUGCCGGCGACGGCCUUGAGCUCCCUGACUCGCAGCCGCUGAGGCUGCGGACAGGCUCGCGGUCGCGAACUCUCCUUUUGGAGCGGCGGGCCUCGCGGGUCCGAUUGUCCAUCGCGUCCGCGGCGUCGCUUGACGACAUUGAGGCCGCGCUUGAUGACAUCGAGGCCGGUAUCGGCGGUCCUGCCCCGGGCCACCACCCCCGCACCCGUUCGCGCCUUGCGUCGCGGACCUUUGACUCGUCGACGUCGUCGACCUCGUCGGAUUAUUCGGGCUACUCGCGGUCAGCUCCACAACCAUCACCGACCGACACGCCGUGCUCCGACGCCGAGCCAGAGCCAAACGCCGCUAGCGCCGACGCGCCAUCACUGGCAUCGGCAGCGCGAAACCGGCCGCCGCCGCCGCCGGUGCCGACGACCGACCCACGGUUUCUUCCCGCGUCUGCACCUGCGCCUGUUCCUGCACCUGCACCGCCGCCGACAACCUCGCGGCGAGCCACGCUUGUCAAGCCACCGACAUCGUCGGCAGACGCUACCCGUGUUCCGGCCAAGACCAAGGCGCGGCGAUCGACACUGGUUAAGCCGCCGUCGUCGGCGGCGAUCGCGGCCGCAGGCGGCUGUGGCGCGCCGCCGCCCAAGCCGCCGCCGCCGGCCGCCGCCCUUCUUGCUGCCCUGCCGGCAGUCGAGCCCGACUCUGACUCUGAUGAGCCCGAGGCCGAGGCCGAGUUUACGCCGACCGACUACCCGCGAGCAUCUGUUGUCUGCUCGUCCAUCGAGCGGCUGCUUUCCGAGAUCAACGUCUCGGUCGAUGAUGGCGGGUACGAGAGUGACCAAGGUGACGACCCCUUGCUUCAUCUGCUGAACGCACUCUGA